AUGGACUACUUAGGUGACAAUGGUGCUCUUGGCCUGGGCCUCACCAGUGAUCAAACAGAUAAGGUAUUGCAGUUUCAAGACUUAACAGGAAUAGAAGAUAUGACAAUAUGCCGAGACGUUCUACAAAGGCAUGAGUGGAAUCUGGAAGUAGCUGUACAAGAACAGCUGAAUAUAAGGGAAGGUCGCCCUUCUGUUUAUGCCUCUGAAUCCCGACCACCAGCCGUUGUAAGUGACCACUUUGGGCAGCACAUUUACUAUACCCCUCCUACAGAUGGAUCCGGCAGUGGGAUCAAGGGGCUACUCAAAACUGUAUUGAGUUUUGUAUGGAAUAUGGGUUACAGUACACUCAUGACUGUUUUGCAGUUGAGUUGUAGAUUUUUAGGCUUAGAAUAUCAACCACCCACAGAUCCUGUUAUGGAAAUUGUGGAAUUUAUCAGAACUUAUGAGGAAAAAUAUUCCCCAGAACAUCCAGUAUUUUAUCAAGGCACAUUUCCACAAGUUUUGAAUGAUGCAAAACGUGAACUUCGUUUCUUGCUAGUUUACUUGCACAAUAGUAAUGCCAUUGAUACAGAAAAGUUCUGUAGAGACACAUUGUCAAAUCCAGAUGUGGUACGUUAUGUCAACCAAAAUUUCCUUUUCUGGGGCUGCUCAAUAAACUCCAAAGAAGGUAGCAGAACCUUGAAUGCAGUUAAAGCUAACCAUUAUCCAUUCCUUGCAGUAUUGGUAUUAAAGGACAAUAGAAUGACUAUUGUAGGUAGGUUGGAAGGUUAUUCAGAUCCUGGCUUGUUUGUCCAGAGGUUGAGCUCUGUGGUAAAUGAAUAUGAAAUCAAUUUGGUGUCUGCUAGAGCAGAUAGAUUUGAGGCCAGCAUAAAUAGGUCUCUGAGAUCUCAGCAGGAUGAAGCAUUCCUUGAAAGUCUCAGAGCUGAUCAGGAGAAAGAGAGGAGGAAAGAGGAGCAAAGAAUGGCUCAGGAGGCAGAAAAGGCAAGAUUGGAACAGGAAGCAAGGGAGGAAGAAGAACGCAGACAGAGCAUUGCUCAAGAAAAAAUGGACGCUGUCUACCGAGUCCCAGACGAACCAGAGGCAUCCCAUCCUGAUGCAGUACAUGUGGUUUUCAAGCUGCCCUGCGGCAGUCGACUGGAAAGAAGGUUUCUCAAGACACAUUCCCUAGAGGCUGUUUUCUAUUUCGUAUUCUGCCACCCCAAAGCGCCCGACUCCUUCGAAAUAACCACGAACUUCCCCAAGAGAGUUCUGCUCUGUCGGCCGGACAGCGCUGAAUUCAUCCAGACUCUGGCCGAUGCCGGUCUGAAAAACAGGGAAGUGCUCUUCGUCAACGAUUUGGACGCGUGA